AUGGCUUGUAAAGCAAAGCUUAUGAUUCCUGAGGAUGAGAAGUAUGAAGGAAAGCCAUUUGCCCUUUCACACGCAAGGACCGCCAUUACAACAAUAAAGGCAAAGUUCAAUACGCAGCAGUUACAGAGGUUCAAGGGGAGUUGUUUUGGUCAUCUAUUACUGAUAGAGGACCUGAAGUGGAAUUCACAAAUUGUCCACGGGCUGUUGAUGAGGAAGGCUGAUCCUAAGACAGUUACACAGGUGAACGAGAUAAAAUUCAUUGUGGGUAACAAGUUGAUACAAUUCACAGCCCAACACUUUUGCCUCAUCACGGGGCUAAAGUUCGGAAAGCUCCCUUUCAUUCCGAAGGCGACAAAUGACAAUCGCUCCUUGAAGCGAAAAUACUUCAGUAGCAAUAAACCUGCCACCCUUUUGGACCUACACACUGCCUUCAUCGAGUGCACAAAUGAUGACGAUGCGUUAAAGCUUGGAAUGGUCUAUUUUGCCAUUUUUGUGCUACUGGGUACUGAAAAGCAUGUGCUUAUUGACAUGCGAUAUUUGAAGUUGGCCGAAGACUUAGAAGAGUUUGACAAGUAUCCAUGGGGCGCCGUGUCAUAUGCGAUGACAAAUGCUUCACUUUUGAGGGCAGUUUCUGCUGAUUACCAACGAGUGAAGGUGCCCCAAAACAGAAAAAAGCCCAACAAAAGUGGAAAGAGAGCGCAGACAAGGAUGGAAUGCGGUAGACCAAGAGAGUACAUCAUAAGGGGGUUUGGCUUCACUGUUCAGGCACAUCCCUUGAAUAUUACAUUGGAGGAGCAACACGGUGGCCCAUUUUCGGGAGGUUAUGAGUCAGAUGUGUUUCAAUUGGAGGUUGAUGUGCAACUUCUCCGAUCGACUGAUAUUGAGAAGCAACAACCUUACUGGAGUUGGGGUGAUGAUGAGAAUAAUGAAGAAAUUGUUCAAUUGUUUGGGGAUGAGGGUGAAGACAAAACCAGCACUUCUAGUGAAGAAAAAGAGGCGGAUGUUGAGGAAACAACUACCCUUCCCUCCUCUUCUAAGGGCAAAUGGUCUUUUAAUGACUUUGGCAGUUUGAAGCAUAAAUUAGAAAGCACUAAGGAUGAGUUGGCAAAGCUACGUAGUUCAAAUCGGGGGCUUAGGAACAGAGUUCGAGACUUGGAAGCUAUUGUAGACAAGAACUGUUUGAAGCAUGAGAAGGAGUGUGGCAGAAAUAAAAAGGCUAUUCGGGAUUUGACCCUAACAAUUGCUUCAGUGGAACAUUAUUUUAAGUUGGAGAUGGAGGAGUUAAAAAAAUAUAUGGUGGAGAAGGCCAUGAGGAAGUGUGUACUGCUCAGAUGA